AUGGGCAAGAAAAAGCGACAGAAUGAGAGUGGUGCAGGCGGCGAAGCUCUACAACGUCGUAUCUUCUGUUACUAUUGCGAUCGUAACUUUGACGAUGAGAAGGUGUUGAUUCUACAUCAAAAGGCGCGGCAUUUCAAGUGUCCAACGUGUUACAAGAAACUCAGUACUAUCAGUGGAAUGACUAUUCACAUGCAACAAGUACAUAAGGAAAGUCUCAAGAGCAUUCCAAAUGCAAAAGAGGGUAAAGAAAGUGUUGCAAUUGAGGUCUAUGGCAUGGAAGGUGUACCAGACGCUGAUGGAGAAGUAACCAAGAAACCAAGACUGGAUCCUCCGUCUGGUUUAAUAAUAGGAGGUUAUAUUGGUCGAGGCAUGCCGCCACCACCAUUUAUUGGCGGUCGGGGGCCGAUGCAGUUUCCAGGUGGAAUGACACCUCCUGGUAUUGGUCUGCCAAUGCGGCCUCCUCCACCUCGAGGAUUCAUGCCGCCGCCUCGUCAUAUGCAAGGCUACCCACAAUACGCUGGUGGAAUGCCGCCGCAAUGGGCAAGGGGCCCACCGCCACCCGGUACGAUGAUUCCUCCUACUUCUUCGCAAGCUCCUCUUGGAUAUCCAACCCAAGGGGUGCCAAUGUCUGGACUAGAAACGGUAGCAACUCUUCAUGGUAUGACAGUCAGCAAUACCAACUUAUUCGAUGGAGCAGCGCAAAAGGCGGUGAAAAAUGAUCUUGGCUUGGUGUAUGCGGACGAAAACGAAUCUAUGGAGGAGAAGCGUGCACUUCGACCAAAGUACGCCUACAAACUAUUGGGUGGAAGAGGAGCCGCAUGA